ACCCCGCGGCGCAAGCAGUAAACACAAGCUAGCUGCGAUUCAGAGCUUUUCGGUUAAGGUUAAGUUACUGUAGGUUUAUUAAGGUCGCGGUCCAUACUACAAUCACGUAAACCUUUUUGUGCAUGGUUUUUUUUUGUGUGCAAAUGGAGACGUGUGCUGUUGAGACGUUGGCGCGCUGCUCGUAGCGGGGAGGCUGUACAGCGCCUCGGCUCGGCUCGGCCUGUAACUAUAGCCCGCGGAUUUGAGGCCUGCUGCGCAGAAAUAACAGGAAAACAGGAUGUCAGACUCGGACAGUGAAGAGGACCAGGACCGGCCCUUCCACUUAACGGGCUUCCUGUUCGGAAACAUUAACGAGGAUGGGCAGCUGGAGGGCGAUAGUGUCCUGGACACGGAGUCUAAGAAGCACCUGGCUGGUUUGGGCUCUCUGGGUCUGGGCGCGCUCAUUACAGAGAUCACAGCUACUGAGGACGACACAGCCGAGCAGGACCGGGACCAAAGCAGUACCGACGCUGACGGCUGGGUUAAAAGCACAGAAGAUGCUGUGGAUUAUUCUGAUAUCAGUGAAGUUGCCGAAGAUGAAACUCGCAAAUACAGACAGGCCAUGGGAACUCUACAACUCUCCCACAGAACAGAUGAUGAUGAUGAUGACUAUGAUGCUGACUGUGAGGACAUCGAUGCCAAACUCAUGCCGCCCCCACCUCCACCGAGUCUGCCAAUCAGCACCAAGAAAGAUGACCCUCCCAGCCAGACCACCAAUGUGGCUGAUGAAGCAGACGGUAUCAUCCUGCCCUCUAUAAUUGCUCCCUCUGCGGGGGAGAAGGCGGAGUUUAGCAGCUCCUCUGACAGUGAGAGUGAAAGUGACCGGCCACCACCUAGUGGAGGGGUGGGACCUGAAGGUGCGCUCACCCUGCCGUUGGCUGGGAUCAUGAAGAAGGACGCAGCUAAAUCACUACCUGGGGUUACGGAGCUGUUCCCUGAAUUCAGGCCAGGCAAGGUCCUGCGGUUCCUGCGUUUGUUCGGGCCAGGGAAGAACAUGCCAUCUGUGUGGCGCAGUGCCAGGAGGAAAAGGAAGAGGAAACACAAAGAGACCCAUGCAGACACACCCACUGCAGAUGGCCAAUCACAUGCCCCUGAGGGUGGGGUUGAGAAGAAGUCUGGCUGGGACUAUGAGUAUGCUCCUCCCCCACCACCAGAACAAUGUCUGUCAGAUGAUGAGAUUACGAUGAUGGCUCCGGUGGAGAGCAAGUCCCUGCAGGUCCUGGGCGAGGGGGACCAGGCGUGCGAGAGCCGUCCUCGAGUGGCGGAGUGGCGGUUCGGUCCGGCCCAGCUCUGGUACGACAUGCUGGGCGUCCCGGAGGACGGUGCCGGCUUCCGCUACGGCUUCAGGCUCAGGCAGGAAGUGGCCACGGACACCACAGACUCCACGGAGAUGGCCCACGUACAACCGCCGGACGCUGCGCACGCAAGCCUCGCGACACACAGCCCAGACACUGAACAAGACCAGGAGCAGGACACCAGAGUGGAGGAGGUUGACAUAACCAAGUUGGAGGACGAGCUCUUUCUGAUGAUCACUCAGCUACAGUGGGAAGAUGACAUCAUCUGGAACGGCGAGGAUGUGAAACACAAGGGCACCAAAACCCAGCGAGCCAGUCUGGCAGGGUGGCUGCCAUCCAGCAUGACCCGCAACGCCAACGCUUACAACGCACAGCAGGGUCUCAGUCGUAGUAAUUCCCAGCUGGUGCCCCAGACUCCGCCCCCUCUAGUCAAAAUUCCAUCCAUAACCGGAUCCAAACGGGACAAACACAGUCAUGACCAACAAGUUUCUCAUGAGGACGACGCUCCAUGGUAUUCCAUUUUUCCAAUCGAUAAUGAGGAGUUGGUGUAUGGGCGCUGGGAAGACAACAUCAUCUGGGAUGACCAGAGCAUGGAACACAUCCUGUUGCCCCCUGUGCUGACCCUUGACCCCAACGAUGAGAACAUCAUUCUGGAGAUCCCUGAUGAGAAGGAAGAGAGGACGUCUCACUCUCCGUCGAAAGAGAACAAGAAAGAAACGGCACUGAAGAAAAGCCGAAUUCUGCUGGGCAAGACUGGAGUGAUUAAAGAGGAGCCCCAGCAGAACAUGUCCCAGCCAGAAGUGAAAGAUCCAUGGAAUCUGUCCAAUGAUGAGUUCUACUACCCUAAGCAGCAAGGACUUAGGGGCACGUUUGGAGGCAACAUCAUCCAGCACUCCAUUCCUGCGGUGGAGCUGAGGCAGCCCUUCUUCCCCACCCACAUGGGGCCCAUGAAACUGCGCCAGUUCCAUCGGCCCACGCUGAAGAAGUAUUCGUUCGGCGCUCUGUCCCAGCCAGGCCCACACUCAGUGCAGCCUCUGCUCAAACACAUCAAGAAGAAAGCCAAGAUGCGGGAGCAGGAGCGUCAGGCGUCUGGAGGAGGUGACAUGUUCUUCAUGCGCACGGCACAGGACCUGACGGGGAAGGACGGGGACCUGAUUCUGGCUGAGUACAGCGAGGAAUACCCGCCCCUCAUUCUGCAAGUCGGCAUGGCGACCAAAGUCAAGAACUACUACAAGAGAAAGCCAGGUAAAGAUCCCGGUGCUCCUGACUGUAAAUAUGGAGAGACUGUGUACUGCCACACAUCUCCUUUCCUGGGCUCACUACACCCUGGACAACUGCUGCAGGCCUUUGAGAACAACCUGUUCCGAGCUCCUAUAUACCUGCACAAGAUGCCGGAGACAGACUUCCUGAUCAUCCGGACCAGACACGGCUACUUUAUCCGGGAGGUGCUGGACAUAUUUGUGGUCGGGCAGGAGUGUCCACUUUACGAAGUACCAGGACCCAACUCCAAACGCGCCAACACACACAUCCGAGACUUCCUACAGGUGUUCAUCUAUCGUUUGUUCUGGAAGAGUAAGGACCGGCCCCGACGUAUUCGGAUGGAGGACAUCAAGAAAGCCUUCCCCUCCCACUCUGAGAGCAGCAUUCGCAAACGCCUUAAACUCUGUGCAGACUUCAAACGCACGGGUAUGGACUCUAACUGGUGGGUCCUAAAGCCUGAUUUUCGGCUGCCUACAGAAGAGGAGAUCAGGGCCGUGGUCUCUCCUGAACAGUGCUGCUCUUACUACAGCAUGCUGGUGGCAGAGCAGAGGCUAAAGGAUGCAGGUUAUGGUGAGAAGUCUUUCUUUGCUCCGGAGGAGGAGAAUGAGGAGGACUUCCAGAUGAAGAUAGAUGAUGAGGUGCGCACAGCUCCGUGGAACACUACGCGAGCUUUCAUCGCAGCUAUGAAGGGAAAAUGUCUACUGGAGGUCACCGGGGUCGCCGACCCCACAGGCUGUGGAGAAGGGUUCAGCUACGUCAAAGUACCAAACAAACCCACCCAGCAGAAGGAUGAGCGCGAGCCCCAACCUGUGAAGAAGACAGUCACAGGGACAGACGCUGAUCUGAGACGCUUGUCACUCAAAAACGCCAAACAACUCCUGCGCAAGUUUGGUGUGCCAGAGGAAGAGAUUAAGAAGCUCUCCCGCUGGGAGGUCAUAGAUGUAGUGCGGACCAUGUCUACGGAGCAGGCGCGGUCGGGGGAGGGGCCUAUGAGUAAAUUCGCCCGCGGUUCCCGCUUCUCCGUAGCUGAGCACCAGGAGCGCUACAAAGAGGAGUGCCAGCGUAUCUUUGACCUGCAGAACAAGGUGCUGGAGUCCACGGAGGUGCUGUCCACGGACACUGACAGCAGCUCUGCAGAGGACAGUGACUUUGAGGAGAUGGGGAAGAACAUCGAGAGCAUGUUGCAGAGUAAGAAGACCAGCUCCCAACUGAGCCGCGAGCGCGAGGAGCAGGAGCGCAAGGAGCUCCAGCGCAUGCUCCUGGGAGAGGAGGUGAUGGAGCGCGAGCGCGGACGCAAGGAGAGACGCAAAGCUCCCUCGAGUGCACCAUCCACUAGUUCGCAUAAGGAUGACGACACAUCCUCGGUUACGAGCCUGAACUCCUCGGCAACAGGACGAAGGCUGAAGAUCUACAGGACGUUCCGGGAUGAGGACGGGAAGGAAUACGUGCGCUGUGAGACGGUCCGCAAGGCGGCAGUCAUCGACGCAUACACACGCAUCCGCACCACCAAGGACGAAGAGUUUAUCCGUAAGUUUGCUCUGUUUGAUGAGCAGCACAGGGAGGAGAUGAGGAAGGAGCGCCGGCGUAUCCAGGAGCAGCUACGCCGACUCAAACGCAACCAGGAGAAGGACAAGUUCAGGGGACCACCUGAGAAAAGACCCAAGAAGAUUAAAGAGAGACCUGAUCUGAAGCUGAAAUGUGGAGCGUGUGGUGCGAUUGGUCACAUGAGGACCAAUAAGUUUUGCCCGCUGUACUAUCAGACCAACGCCCCGCCCUCUAACCCGGUCGCCAUGACGGAGGAGCAGGAGGAGGAGCUGGAGAAGACCGUGAUCCACAACGACAACGAGGAGCUCAUUAAAGUAGAGGGCACCAAGAUCGUUCUGGGCAAACAGCUCAUUGAGAGUGCGGAUGAGGUGAGGAGGAAAUCUCUGGUGCUGAAGUUCCCCAAACAGCAGCUGCCUGCUAAGAAGAAGAGAAGAGUGGGGAGCACCAUACACUGUGACUACCUCAACCGACCUCAUAAAUCAAUCCACCGGCGUAGGACAGACCCCAUGGUCACUCUGUCAUCUGUUCUGGAGAGCAUCAUUAAUGACAUGAGAGAUCACCCAAAUACAUACCCGUUCCACACUCCAGUGAACGGGAAGCUGGUGAAGGAUUAUUAUAAGAUCAUUACGCGGCCCAUGGACCUGCAGACUCUGCGUGAAAACGUGCGCAAGCGUCUCUACCCCUCACGCGAGGAGUUCCGCGAGAACGUGGAGCUCAUCGUUAAAAACAGCGCUACUUACAACGGAGCGAAGCACCCUCUGACGCAGGUGGCUCAAUCCAUGCUGGACUUGUGUGAUGAAAAACUGAAGGAGAAAGAGGAACGCCUGGUACGUUUGGAGAAGGCCAUAAACCCACUGCUCGAUGACGAUGACCAGGUGGCCUUCUCAUUCAUCCUCGACAACAUCGUCACCCAGAAGAUGAUGGCUGUUCCUGAUUCAUGGCCGUUUCAUCACCCUGUGAAUAAGAAGUUUGUUCCUGAUUACUACAAAGUCAUUGCCAACCCCAUGGACCUGGAGAACCUUCGCAAGAACAUCUCGAAGCACAAGUAUCAGAAUCGAGAAGUUUUUCUGGCUGACGUCAGUCUCAUUCACACCAACAGUGUUAAGUACAACGGCUCUGACAGCCCCUACACCAAAACUGCUCUGGAGAUUGAGAAUGUUUGCAAGCAGACUUUAGCAGAGUACGAUGAGCAUUUGACUCAGUUAGAGAAGGAUAUCUCUACAGCUAAAGAAGCAGCUCUGGAUGCUGCUGACCUCGACAGCUUGGACCCAAUGACCCCUGGCCCAUACACACCUCAGCCUGUUGUGUGUGAGAACAGUGUAUCUGUGACUCUGCAGGGUGACGUUAGCCUGUUAGCUGAGGCUACACCUGUUCCUCCCGCCCCUCAGAAACGAGGGGGGCAGGGUCGUGGGAGGGGCCGAUUGGGAGAGGAGGAGUCUGAUGUAGAUAUUGAAGGAUUUGAAGAAGAUGACGAUGGCAAACCCAAAACACCUGCUCCGGCUGAGGAAGGAGACCUUGAUGAUGAUGAUGACGACGAGAUGCUCCUGCCCCCACGGCGGCAGCUCGAGGACGAGGAUGAAGAGUACGAUGAAGGAUCAAGCCGUCCGGCACAAGCCAGCGUCCUCUAUCAGGACCUACUGAUGUCAGACGGGGAGGACGAUGGCAGUGAAGAGGAGGGAGAUAACCCUUUCUCCUCAAUCCACCUAUCAGAAAGUGGGAGUGACAGUGAGCGGGAGGCGGGGCAUCAAGAGACUGCCCGCAUGGGCAUGGACCAGGAAGAAAGUAUGAUGUCAUAUGAGGGGGAGGGACCUGAUGAGGACACACACUUGGAAGACAGCAAUGUCAGUUAUGGCAGCUAUGAUGAAGGGGACAGCCAGCCUCAGGGGCGGAGCUCCAGUCCUGGCAGGGGGGAGGCGGAGCUUGGAUAUGGAGUGAGUGAGGAAGAGGAGGAUGAUGAGGAAGAUGAGAGUGAAGAGCGGAGGCGGGGCCCUAGUGUUCUCACUCGGGUCCAGCUCAGUGAGGAUGAGGAGGAUAGCGAAGAGUUCCGAUCCAUCGGAGGAGACAGCGAUAUGGACUCAGAUAAUUAGUCCACGCGCUCACACACACACACACACAGGCGCUAAGGAAUCUUUCUGUUCUGGUUCCAUCUCAUGUUUGUAUGCAUUUGAUAUGUACAUGUAAAUUGACAUGUAAAUUUUGAACAUAUUGACAUACAUCAUGUGUCGCUGUAGUGGAUUUGACUUACAAACUUUAGCUUUUCUGUAUACAUGCAUGUUUAACGUGGAUUAAAGUGUUAGUGUUUUAUUAUUGUGUUUUUUUUACAUGAGCUCAAUAACUCUGCAGACUCAGAUCGUGGUGGAGUGUAAUCAGAAAUAAAACUUAAAGUGUUAAA